AUGGCGGACAUGAGGGGAAGCGCAGCCGUGUGCGACGACAGGUGUGGCUGUCCGUCGCCGUGCCCCGGCGGCACCACUUGCCGGUGUGUCUCGGGCGGUGAAGGAGUUAGCUCGAUGGAGCACAAGCAGUGCACGUGCGGGGAGCAUUGUGGUUGCAACCCGUGCACGUGUGGCAAGAUCGAGAGCCAGGGCACGGGCAAGGCCUUCUGUAAGUGCGGUGCGGGCUGCGCGUGUCCCACUUGCGCGGCCUAA